AUGAAGUUUUCCAAUUCGAUCGUUUUAGCUUUUGCUGCUUGGGCUUAUGCUGCUCCUGCACCAUCUGUACCUGACUAUUCAGGCUACUCCAACCACGCUGUUGUCCCGGGUGCUCUUGACAAGAGAGAUGCUUCAGCCGAUGACUGUCAAGAUCCAGUUUUCCACGGCCAUCACAAACACAAGAGAGCCGUUGUUUACGAAUACGCUUAUGUUACCGUUACUGUUGAUGCCAAGGGUAACCCAGUCACCACUACUGCUGUCACCACCACUCAAUCCACGGGUAAUGCUCAAGAAACUGGUGCUACUUCUCUGGACAUUUCAUCCACCACCACCAUUGUUCAAAAUGACUCGUUGACUUCAAACCAACCAUCUACAUUGUCUUUGCCUAGUGGAACUAUUACCCCAUCAACCUCAUCUUCAGCACCUCAAGCUUCUUCCACUGGUGGCAGCGGUGGUGGCUCUUCUUCAGGUGGCAUCAAUGGAGAUUUAUCUGCUUUCCAAAACCCAACCCAAGAAUUCCCCGAUGGUGUUUACUCUUGUGAUCACUUCCCUUCUGGACAAGGUGUUGUUGCUUUAGACAACUUGGGAUUCGGUGGCUGGUCCGGUAUUUACAACAGUGACACUUCAACCGGUGGAUCAUGUAAAGAAGGGUCUUAUUGUUCAUAUGCUUGUCAAAGUGGUAUGUCCAAGACCCAAUGGCCAGACAACCAACCAGCAAACGGUGUCUCCGUUGGUGGAUUAUUGUGCAAAAAUGGUAAAUUGUACAAGACCAACUCAAGAUCAAAUUACUUGUGUGAAUGGGGUGCCGACAAAGCCAGUGUUGUUAGCAAGAUUGACAAGUCUGUUGCCAUUUGCAGAACUGAUUACCCCGGUACUGAAAAUAUGGUUAUCCCCACCGUUGUUGAUGCCGGCUCUACUUCUGUCAUUACUGUUGUUGACCAAGACUCAUACUACAAAUGGAGAGGUGGUGCCACUUCGGCUCAAUUCUACGUCAACAAUGCCGGUGUUUCCUACCAAGAUGGUUGUGUUUGGGGCACUUCAGGUUCCGGCAUUGGUAAUUGGGCACCAUUAAACUUUGGAACUGGGUAUGCUGGCGGAGUCGCAUACUUGUCUUUGAUUCCAAACCCAAACAACUACGAUUCGUUGAACUUCAAUGUCAAGAUUGUUGCCGCUGAUGGAAACUCAAAUGUUAGUGGACAAUGUGUUUAUGAAAAUGGGAAAUACAAUGGUAAUGGAAAAGAUGGAUGCACAGUUGGUGUUACCAAAGGUAAGGCCAACUAUGUCUUGUACAAUUGA